UGCACGAGAAUCAUAACCAUAGAUGAAAUGUUGCAUGCAUGAAAUUUAAGAUGGAUUGUUACUCGUAUUUUCUAUGCUGAUUAUUCAAGAAAUUUUUUUCUUUUUCUUUUUUUAAUGGGAAAUUGCAUUCGAGAAAGUUCUGAUAUCACCACGCCAUACCCAAAUAAUCCUAUAGGUGCUACAAAAGGAGGUUAUUAUAGAAAAAGAAGCACAUUAUUGUUACCACCACCACCAAUACAACAUGUUGAUGAUGAUGAUUAUGGUAAAGAUGAUGAGAUUGUUCUAGCAACAUCAAGAUCUGAAGGCGACAUACUACUAAUUUCAUCCCCUCAUUUAAAAUCCUUCACAUUCAAUAAUCUUAAGAAUGUUACUGGAAACUUUGAUCAUGAGAAUCUAAUAGGAGAAGGUGGAUUUGGUUAUGUUUAUAAGGGAUGGAUUAAUGCUCAUUCAUUUGACCCUACCUUUGGAAUUGGAACUGUUGUUGUAGCUGUAAAGAAGCUUAAACCUCAAGGUUUUCAAGGUCAUAAGGAGUGGUUGGUAGGUUUCUUAUUAAUUGCUACCUAUUAAUUCACGGGCAAUACUCACAUAUAGA